AUGCAGAAUAGCACCAUGGUGAGGGAAUUUAUACUCUUGGGCUUCACUCACAACCGUCGGCUUGAAAUCUUUCUUUUCUUCUUUUUAUUCAUCACAUAUCUUUUGACAAUAUUGGGGAACACAGUAAUUAUUGUGAUCACAUUGAUGAGUCACCACCUCUACACUCCUAUGUAUUUCUUCCUUCGACACUUUGCCAUUUUGGAGAUUGGGUUCACCACCGCUGUUAUUCCCAAAGCUUUGGCCAAUAUAGCUCUGGGUCAUAAGGCUAUCUCUUUACACGGUUGCUUCACACAGUUUUUUCUGUACUUUGUUCUUGGAACCACAGAAUUCUUUCUCCUGGCUGUCAUGUCCAUUGACAGAUAUGUGGCCAUCUGCAACCCUCUUCACUACCCAACUAUAAUGAGUGAUAAAAUCUGCUCAUUGCUUGUGCUUGGCUCUUGGAUAGGGGGGUUAUUUUUAAUUAUAGGUCCAGCAGUUGCAUUAUUGCAGAUGCCAUUCUGUGGCCCAAACAUCAUCAACCACUUUUUCUGUGACAAUGGACCACUGAUCAAACUUGUAUGUGUUGACACAAGUGUGUUACAAUUAAUGGAUUUCAUUAUUGCUACUCUCUCCCUCUUUGGGACUUUGGCCAUAAACAUUGCAUCCUACGGCAAUAUUAUUUCCACUAUUCUGCACAUCCCAUCAACCACAGGGAGGCAGAAGGCCUUCUCCACUUGUGCUUCCCAUAUCACUGUGGUCUCCAUCACUUAUGGCAGUUGCAUUUUCAUGUACAUAAAACCAAAAGGUAACAGCAACUUAGACUUUGGCAAGAUGGUUGCUGUUCUGAACACCGUUGUGUCUCCUCUACUGAAUCCAUUCAUAUACUGCCUGAGGAACAAGCAGGUCCAAGGUGCCUUGAGAGAUACGUUCAGACUGUGUAAUGUGUUUUCUAAGAACCCAAGAUGUUUGAGGAUAUGA